AUACUGAAAAUACUGACUUUACCGAGAUACUGAAAAUACUGAGAAUACUGAAAUGAUUGAGUAUACUGAAAGUAAUGAGAUGCCGAAAUAUUGAAAUUACCGAGAUACUGAAUACUGGAAUGACUGAGAUAAUGGAGAUACGGAAUGAAGGACAUGUUGAAAUCCAUGAGAUAUAAUCUAAGUUACUGAGAAGGAGCAAAGAGUCGGAGGUGAAGAAAACGGACUUUACACCAACUGGUUGUAUAUUGCAGCCGAAACGAACCAACUCGUCAGGAAAGAAAGUCGGUUCGGCUACAAUAUGUCCACUCCAGAAGUGGUAAACAACACCGGUUUUGGUAUUAGUCUAACACCAGAUAGGUGUUUAUACAACACCAAUUAGUAUCAAAACAGCAUCGGUUUGAUUCCAAACUGGUGUUGUUUCAAUACUUCUCUGGUGUGGACACGUAUAGAUUCCGAGCUGGUGUUAAAUCAACACCGAAGUUUUUGCAGUGUAUUUAUCGCCACAACUUAUUUCAUCAUAAUGGAGACACAUCAUUUACACAUGUUUGUAAAAAUGAAUCAAUUGUGAUUUCAUGAAAUAAGAUAAGAAAAUAAGAUAAGAAAAUAGAAAGUCGUGAUAUGACAUCAUCAGCACACCUAAUGAAUAUUCAUGACGAUGUGCAUAUUACUGUUUUCACAAAAUAUUUUUGCUUUAAAAUUCAACGACUUCAUUAUUUGUAGUCCGAUUCUAAGUUGAUGAAAUUUUCAGCAAUUUGUUUUGUGAAUUUUACUUUAUUUAUUUCGAUAUAAUCUUUUUUAGCCCGGACCAUCCCUUUAAAGUUUCAAAUACUUUUUAUGCAAUCCAUCCAAAUUUAAAAUGGAAUUCUUCCCUUCUACUUAUAACUCAGGUAAAAAUUGCCACAGAAAAAAAAUUGUGACGUCACAGGGUGACAGAUUCACAACAUCAUAACUCCUGUAUUCAUUGAAGAAUUUUCAUCAGAUAGGCAUAAUAACCACUUUUUAUCAAUAUGUCUCUCAAUUGUCUCGUAUAUCAUUACGACCAAUGUAACGUCAAUGUGAACUUCUCUUGAUUGAAAGGCCUAUUCGAUAGUGCAAACUUUUAAAUGAUCUAGUCACGUGAUCACUGAGAUUUAAUCUUGUCCUGAUUCAAGCAAUGACGUCAUCUCGCCUGGGAUGACCCGUCCAUGUUUCUUAAUGAUAAGUGAUAUCCGCCUACUUUAAAACCGAUAUGUUUAAUGUUUGUAUUCGAACCGCGCCUUUUUUUCAAUUCGAUUGUUAUCAUGUAUUUGCACUUGACGACGUCCAAGAUUAGUCUGCAAAUACAGACUCUAAUUUGACACUCAAACAAAUUAUACCAUGUCUAGACUGAAGAAUAGACUACAAACUAUGUCUGCGUCACGAAGUAUGUAAACGCAGCAACAUAAUAUAAGCGGAUUUAGUAUCAUCACUUCGAGACUCUGUAUUAUGCACUAUACGAAAACGAAGGGUCUGUUCUUGCAGACUAGUCUCAGAUGACCAUUGUCAACACAACUGACCAACGCAUAAUCCGAUUACACCCUAAACGGUUCCUCAUCAGUGGAAACAAUCAUUUAAUGAUUUUGAAGCAUACGUGCGGGUUGACAAACUUUUUAUCGGACCCAACUGCUGGAGCUGGACAAAAAGUCAUUUUGUGCUACUUUUUUUUCGUGAAUUUGAGAGUCAAGAUCUAAUUCAACAUGGUGGCUGGUUGCGGUCCCAAGAUUGCCAAAUUAUUCCUCUUCAUAUUGAACUUCUGUGUAUGGGCAGCAGGUAUUGUACUGAUCGGAAUCGGAUCAUGGAUAACCGCCCGGCAACAAGACUACACGGAUCUCUUCUCUGAGGACACGAUAUUGAUCGUUACAGGGGUAACGAUAGGGGUAGGGUGCUUCAUCUUUCUCGUCGGCUUCUGUGGAUGUUGUGGGGCUCUAAAAGAAGGAACGUUCUUAUUAAAACUGUAUUUCUUCUUCAUGGUUCUAAUCAUUAUUCUGGAGAUUACCGCCGGUGUCCUAGCAUUUGUCUUCGAUGAUGAGCUUGAAGAAAGUAUGAUUGAAGGAAUGACAUACACCAUUAACAACACCUACCCAACAACUGAUGCGUCCAAAGAAUCCAUCGAUGGCGUCCAAAAUGGUUUCGAUUGCUGUGGAGCCAUGGGAUACGCUGACUACGCCAACUCACAGAACUUUGCUAAUAAUCUAGCUGUUCCCGAAUCCUGUUGUAUCGAUGGCGCAUCAGUUGCCCAAUGUCAGGCCGGUACGAAGGGAAAUCCUACUAAUCCAGAACUAGUCUACAGUCAGGGAUGCGUUGCCGCUUCCGUCGAUACAAUCCAGGAUAACUACUUGAUCAUCGGGGCUGUUUGCCUUGCUCUUCUUGUUUUUGAAAUCUUGACCAUGGUAUUUACCUGUUGUGUCAUUAGCGGCAUUGAUAAUGGAGAAUAUGCAUAAACAUUGAGCGAAUGAGAUACUGGCCAUGUGGAUCACAUGUUGUGUAAUUAGCGCCAUCAACGAAUAUGAAUAUAAAUGAGCAAGUGGGCGUGUCUUCAAACUUGGAUCCACCAAUCACGGAGCUGUACAGAUCCUCUCAGGGAAAAUGAAGUACUAACUCUAUUAACUCUGAACAAAAAUGAUAAAAUUAACAAAAGGAUCAACAAUAAUCUUUGAAAGAAUUAACCCUUCCCUUUAAAAAGACACAGAAACCCCCUGCCUGAGAUGAGACCAAACUCCCCUUUCCCCCUUUUUUUGUUCAUGACAUUAAUUAUCGGAAUAUACGUGAUUGGACGUAUAUAUACUUUUUUACAUUUGUAAAUAUAUCAGUAUUCAUAUUGUUAAAAUAAAAUGUUUUCUUAUCGUUGGUUCCUCAACAUUUAGCCAAAUAUUUUAUUGAUCGUGGCCAUUUUGAAAGAAAACUAUAUCAUAUCAGACCUAAAAAAAUCAUUGUAAAUGUAUCAUCACAUAUUGUAAUUCAUGAAUUAACUUUUGAUGAGUUACUAAAAAAAAAUACUGUUUGAUUUAUUUAUGUGAUUUUAGGGCCAACAUUGGGGUUGAUAUCCACGUCACAAGCAAAAGAUACAGCAAUACAGAUUUAAGCACAAGGAAAAUACAUGCAUAUGUAUCAAUUGGCCCUUUUGUUUUAAAGAAUUCAUUUAGUGAGUGGAUUUGCCGUUCUGUGUAAACCUGACAGUUAAAGACCCCCUCCCUCCCUCGAGAUUGUUUUGCAGAAUUUCAAGGAAUGACUAUGUGACAUGUAUUGCAUCUUUUUGUAAUGAAACAAUCAAAUAUAGUGAAAUAAUAAUUGUA